CUCUCUCUCCCUCCCUCUCUCUCUCUCUCUCUCUCACACACACACACUGCACAUCACCCGCUACAACCUCACCACGCGCUCACACUCGCCGCCAUCCUGCCUGUGUCACACAGCUGGUUAGCUGGUUAGCUGGCUAGCUAACGUUACUUCUUACUAACCGGCGGCUCUGUCGUUGUGUUAACGCUGUUUUCCGUAUUGUUAUGUGUAGACGUGAUUAUCGUUGAAGUAACGGAUUAUCUGCAUCCCUCCUCGGCUGACCGGGAGCCGCCAUGGAAUGCCGUGUUCUGUCCAUACAGAGCCAUGUAGUCCGGGGAUAUGUGGGCAACAAGAGCGCCUCUUUCCCAUUACAGGUUUUAGGGUUUGAGGUGGACUCCAUCAACUCUGUGCAGUUCUCCAACCAUACAGGUUAUUCUCAUUGGAAAGGCCAGGUGUUGACAGCGGAUGAGCUCCAUGUUCUGUACGAAGGAAUCAAACUGAACAACGUACACCAGUAUGACUAUGUUUUAACAGGGUAUACCAGAGACACAUCCUUCUUGGAGAUGGUAGUGGACAUUGUUCAGGAGCUAAAGAGAGCCAACCCCAACCUGGUGUAUGUAUGUGACCCCGUUCUCGGUGAUCAUGGAUCUAUGUACGUUCCUCAGAAUCUUUAUCCGGUCUACAAGAACAAGGUGGUUCCUGUUGCUGACAUUAUUACUCCCAACCAGUUUGAGGCUGAAUUAUUGACAGGGAAAAACAUCAGCACAGAGAAAGAUGCUGUAGAGGUUAUGGACCUUCUCCAUGCCAUGGGCCCGGACACAGUGGUCAUCACCUCCUCUGAUCUGCCCUCCAGACUUGGAGACCGCUUCCUUGUGUCGUUGGGCAGCCAGCGCCAUGUUCGCCCCGACGGCAGCAGGACGACACAGAGAGUUCGAAUAGAGGUUCCUAAAGUGGACGCCGUCUUUGUAGGAACUGGAGAUUUGUUUGCUGCUAUGCUGCUAGCGUGGACACACCACUACCCUAAUGACCUGAAGACGGCCUGUGAGAAGACUUUUUCAGUGAUGCACCAUGUUAUCCAGAGGACCAUUUCGUAUGCUCACGAACUAGCAGGUCCUGGUCGGAGGCCCAGUCCGCCCCAGCUGGAGCUGAGGAUGGUUCAAAGUAAAGCUGACAUAGAAGACCCUGCUAUAGUUACGGAGGCCACAGUCAUAUCCUAACAUUACCGGCCCAUAAGACUCAUACUAACCAUGUCCUCUUCACCCAUAAAUCUCUCAAAUCUCGGUAAAUCUCUCAUCACUGUAAACCUUGACUGUCAUUUCAAAACUUCCACACCUCAUUAUCCAGACUCCUUAAACCCCUUAGUAUUGUAACCCCUUUAGUCCUUUUCCCCUUUAAGUCCUCAGUGUCCUAACCCCCUUAAACUGAACCUUAAACCUGUAACUCCAAAACCCUUUUACCUAAACCCUGUUUGGGAAACCAGAGCCAUGGAUAGACAGUUUGGUCAGACAGACAGUUUGGUCAGACAGACAGGCUCUAACAGCGUGUGAGCUAAAAGCUGUAGUGCUAAGGCUUAUUUCUCACUCCAAGAUAGCUCUAAUUCCACUUGCAUAACACGUAAAAUGCCAUAUAUAAGCUAAAAAAUACAAAAUAUGAGGGUGAUAAGGGUCAUGAAAACCCUCAAAAAACCCAUUUAGGUUCAGUCAUAACCAUGAUAUAGAAACUGUUUUGGUUGUUUUUAACAAACGUGGAGUAGCUAAUACUAGAACUAGUAGUAGUUAAUACUCUGGUGUUCUCAGUGUCUUUACUGAGGAGUGAUAGGUGGCAGGGAGCAAACAUAAAUGAAUGAAUUGAGGCAAAGUAUUUUUUUCCCAUUGUGAAUUCAUAUUUAAAAAUAUCUACUAGCACUUACCAUAAUAAUACUCAUCACAACACAGGAGAGCCUCCCUGAUGACUGAUAGAGUAACUUAACAUGACUGUGUACAGAUACACACAGGAGUACACAUCUCCAUCAAUGCAGUGAGGUGACCCUUUAAACCAUUAAGUAAAAACAAGAUAAUUAUUCUUAUCUGUUAUUUUGGAUUAAAUGGCACAAAGGCUAUGUUCACACUGCAGGCAAAAGUGGCCCAAACCUGAUUUCUGAUCUGUUUUCAUGAAGUGUGAACAGCACAAAUGACAUAGAUCUUUUCAAUUCUGAUUUGGGACACUUUCAUAUGUUGUCCAAAUGAGUUACAGGUCGGAUGUUUUCCAAUGUGACCUCAGUGUGAACAGUCGUUAUAGAAUUCAUGUGACUUUUCCUUCACUCUAGAUUUCAGGACCACAAACGUGUUCACACUGGAAUCUGAUAUGAGCCACAUUCAAAACAUAAUGUGAACAGCCAAACAAAAGCAAGAUCUGAGCAAUAAAUCAGAACUGUGUUAAAGCCAGACACCAGCCCCACAAAAUCUAACUUCUAAUGUAGCAGGAUUAUUUGUUGUUGCAUUCAGAAAUAAAACUCUGCAACAUAUUUGCAGUAUUUACCCCCAAAGUAAACUGAUUCCAGCUGCUAAACUCUACCUCUAAAUUAUUAAAUAUAAACUUGCCUACUUUAUUGCUCUAUAACUGCCACUCAACUCACAUACUCUGUCUAUUUUUGACAGAGCUGCACUGUAGCGGUGGUCCUCCACACCAGUUGCCAAGUAGCAGGAUUGCAGCACUAACACUGGUGUUAAUGAUCAAACACUGUUUAUCUAUGGCUCUGCCCACCACUAUUUCAAGCCCCUCCCCGUCUUACAGCAGUGAUGUAAUGGUGACCAAGUCUAACCCCCUGAGAUCCCUUGAAAAUAUAACAAAGGAAAAAAAAAACGCACAAUGUAUAGUUGAUGUAUAGAUGUUGUACUAUAACUGUAUUGGACCAUCUGUAUGAUAUCUUCUAUCUGAUCUGUCUAUUGGACCAUUGUGUUGAUGCUACUGUACUAUAGACCACACGCACUACAAUAUCACCCAAACCAGAGACAUUUGGGCUGGUUCUGGCACUCCUGGAGGCUCCAGUGGCUCCAGUCGUUGUCGCUUGUUAGUAAUAGGUAACUGUCUAAUAGUCAUAGUAUAUAGUUGAACCUCUUUCAUCUCUACACAACAUAAAGAAAAAACUGGCAACCUGAGCCGUCUGAGCCGUCCCUGGCCGGUUAUACUUCUGCUAGACCAAUCAGAAAUUGGCUACCUCAGUGCCAGAACCAACCCACAUCAUGCCGGGCGGUUCCCGGCCCAGCUCUGGCCCAGAACCCUAUAUCUGAGAGUUGUGCCACUGAAUUUACUGGAGGCCUCGAGAAGUUGUAAGAGGAGACCCUCGUCUUCCCCCACGUCCAGUAUCAGCUCUGUGAAUAUCUGUUGUAGAAAUUGUCACACUCCACUGUGGUUCAACAACAGACAUGAUGGCAGUAGGUCCAAUUUUAAUAUGACGGCAGGUAAAUCUGGGUAAACUGAUGACUGUUCCCCUAUUAAAAAAAGCAUAGAAUAUACAUGAUCUAACCCGUUUUAUCCUUCAUCAAAUGAUUGUUUUGUCUAUAAAAUGGCACAAAUUUGUGCAACUCUAUUUCACUCUAUAUCACUAUUUCCCAGAGCCCAAGGUAAUUUCUUCAAAUUGCAUGUUUUUCCCAACAAAUAUUCCAAGUUUACAGCAAAUUCUCACAUUUGAGAAGCUGGAACCAACAAAUGUUUGACAUUUUUCCAUGAUAAUAACAAUUAAUUGAUCAUCAAAAUGUCAAAGAGUAUCUACAGCACAAUAUGAGGAAACUGAAAUCACCCUACCCCAGAAAACCUUUUUACUACUAUAGCUACAGUUAAAUCUUCAAUUAAAGUGUGUUUGCUGACUCACCCGAUGGCUAACUAGCUACUAUACUAGCUAACUUGUGCUAAAGUCUUCAGUUAUGCCGGGAAAUAAAAUGAUUAAUAAUUCAUUCUAAAUGGCCACCAUAACAUUGAGUUGGGCCGUUGCAGCAGUCUGUUUAUCACAGUGGAGUGUGAUAGGAAAGAGUUGAGGAAAACAUGACAUGCGACCAAUGAUGUCGCGAGAACUUGGCAUGUGCCUUAGCCCACUGCGCUACCAGGGCACCACAGCAGACGAGAUUUUAAUGCAAUUUUAACACUUUUAAGUUACAUCGGAAUCCCCCCCCCCUCCCCGUUGCUUCCUGAUUUGAAUGUUCGGUAAUCUAAUUUAACAGGAAACAGCUAAAAUUAUUUUAACUUUGCUCGGCAACAGCAUACAGUUUUAGAGAGUGUAAACCAAAUAACCGGAGGCCUAAAAAAAGAAAAAAGAAAAAUCCAGAUGUCAUCAGUGUCCCACCUGAGCUGGAUGUAAGGUUCUGGGCAGACCAGUGUAAUUCUGUACUGCUGUUGUUUCUCUAUGGACUGUACUGUGAUACUGCCUUAGGAACCUAACAUCAUAACGCCACAAUACUGCUCACUGAGGGAGAGGUGGAGAGGGAGGAGGAAGGAAACAUGAGAUGUCUUAAAUGUAGGUACUCCUGACUGCAAAUUUCUGUUCUACAGUGCGCCUGAAACAGGAAGAGAUGAGAUUGCAUAUGCUUCGAUUUUCUGUUUGAAUCUAAAAAAAAUGUCUCUUUAGGGCUGCAAGCAGUGAUUUCAUUAUCAAUUAGUUAGAUUAUUCUUUAAAUUAACCAAUUAAUUAUUGGGUUUAAAAAAAGAUUUUUACAGAACAGAAAAUUUACUGUUUUAUUAAACAGAAAAUCAGCAAGUCUUGAAUGAAUCAUUUAAACAAUUGAAUUAUUGUUCUUUAAUUUUCUGUUUUACGACUAACCGAUUUAUCAUUUAAGCCCUACAAUCUUUCCUUUUGUGACUCAAAGAUACACUUCCUGGACUAAUGGUGGGGGGGGGAAUGCAGUCUCAUUUUUAAAAUUGCAAUAGUUAAUAUUGAUUUUUGUACUAGAACAGUUGUAUUGUGCCACUGUAGCACUGAUUGUCAUAUCAAUAACAGACUACUGUGUCUGUGCGCUUGGCCAACCAGCUUUAAGCUCUGCUAUAAUCAACAUGUGCACUAUCCAAUCCUCUGCUUCCUGCUAACAAACCAGUCCGCUGUAUUAUUGGGUCAAAAUCUGUCUAUCUGUCGUGUCUGUGCGUGUUGUGUGUGAGAGAGUGUGUGUACACGUGUAUAUAAAUGUCCUUUGUGGUCACAGGGUUUUGUGUGUGUGUGUGCACGCAUGUGGAGUGAAAGAGGAAAUCCCUGAAAAGUAAAACUAACAAAGAUGGAGGGGUGAGAGAGGAGCAGGGUAAAAAAUAAAAAAAAGAGACAGGAAUAGUGUGCAUGAGGAGGGGAGAGGAGGUAUGUUCAAGAGGACAAUCAUUCUGUGAUGUUAUGCAUUGUUUGACGACUCCCUUUCCCCCCGAUCUGCUUAACAAAUAGACGAUUGUUUUUGUUCUGGACUUCCUGAAAGGGGGAUUUGAAUCUUAAACGUUUCCUUGAUGCCUCGCGUCCCCUCUUUCUCUUCCUCCCCCUCCGCCCAUCCACAUGCAGAUAUAUCUGUCCUUCAACCUGUC